AUGUCUACUGUUAGUGAAGAGAUCGUCCCCGGAGACAUCGUCGCCGUACAGCACCCUAGCGGAAGGAGAGAAGGGCUUGUAGUUGGCACACGCCUCGACUAUGCCGGGCGCCAGGUUGUGGAAGUCCAGCUAGAGCCUGGGGAACUUUAUACUGCCUGGUAUCCUUCCGUGACCCGCGUAACUCGCACUAUCUCCUACACGCGUCCAAAGCAGCAGCGGACAGUGGAGCGCUACGUCUACUGGUGA